AUGAGUGAAGAAGUCUGUUAUAUAGAAAUCAAAAAUAAGAUCAGCAGUAAACAUUUCCCUUUGAAAGAUCUUACUGAAAUUAAACCAUAAGUCAAUUUCAUUAAUAAUUUAUGUAAAUCUAUCUUAAUUAUUUGUUAGUAUAGAAAAAUAUCAACUUAACAAAAAUAUAUAGUAAUAUACUUUAGGUAAGGUUUAUCUUGAGUCUCAAAAUUAGAAAUAAUUAUUCAGAAUUUUUCAGGAUUCUGAUUUGAAUAUUUCUUAAAUUUUUUAGAAGAAACUGAAUAAAACAUCGGUUGAUAUGAUUUUAUGA